UUCACCGUGGUGGUUCAUAAUGUUACGAUUCCGCUAUUAUAUGUGUGUUUUUGUCAUAUUUUCGAUAAUCAAACAUUCUCUGACUCUUUCGUCUCAAUGCUAUGCAUGCCAUGGAGAGUACUGCAAUGACCCUUUCAAUAAAGACAGGGCAACAAUAAUGUCAUGUUCGAAUUCUGCGACCUUAGUCAACGGACGAAGUGUGGCAGAUUCUGGAAGCCUCGCAAAUGGUGACUUCAAAUUUGAAAAGUGGGACUCGUUAGAAGCCAAACUGAACAAAAUAUUCCGUGGCUUAUUCGGAACAACUGAAUACGUCUGUGCGAAAUCAUUGUACUUUAACACUGUCCAUCAAACAAAUAUGACCAUCAGAAGCUGCAUGCCGAAAAAUCUGAAGGGCAUGGACACCUGUACGUAUUUAUCCAACAUCAUAAGCGGCUAUGGAAAAGUUCGAACGUGCUCCUUUUGCGAUACUAACAUCUGUAAUUCUGCAAUAAAUCUGAGGACCUCCGUACUCGCAGUACUAGCUAUUAGUAUUUUGAAAAUUAUCUUUUAAUCCUUAAUAUUUGUUAAAUAUGUACUGUUUUAUAUUGAAGGACCAUUAAUACAAUAAUAAAUUUAGUAAAUGUAUAUUUCUCUUCAAAUUAAGUAUAUAAUUAUC